UCACAUUGUCAGUUGAGAGUUGAGAGAAAAUGUUUUUAGUCUGCUAUCAUUAAAUUUGUAUAUUAUUGCAAAUUUUCAGAGUAUACCUUUUGAAAAUAUUUGGUAAAGUCAUACGUAGUUCUUUGUUAUAAUACAAUAAGGCGUCGUUUUUUGAAAAACACUAGGGACUGGAAUCUUGAAAAACAAUGGAUUCCUGUAUUGGGGUUGAGCAGGAUUUAGACAAAGCAAUUACAAAAUUUACAAAUUUAAAUGAACAUACCGAUGAAGUAUUGCAAGAUAUUAUUAACAAAGUAGAGGAGCUGCGGCGGGAAAUAGCCCAACAACCACCAAAUACACCAUUAACACCUGAACAAGCCCAGGUCGUGAGCGAAUUAGCCUCUACCAUCAAACAGAAUGCAUUUCAAUUGUCAACAGAUCACAGAGAACUCCAUGCUACAGUGUCAAGAGUGGGCAAGUCUAUAGAUAGGCAUUUCGUGGCCGAUUAUGCAGCAGUUGCUCCAAAGGCGGAAAUGUUCUGUUCUGAUGAAAAUCGACCUAUUAUGGAACAAGCCAUUGCACAACAUUUGUACAGACAGGGCCUAGAGGACGUCGGUGAUACGUUUGUAGCCGAAGCCGAAAUCAGUGGCGUUGAGCGAACCUGUACGUUUGCGUCGGUACAGCGUUGUGCGACUGCAUUGGCCGAGGGCGACCCCACUCCUGCCCUGCAGUGGGCUGAGCAGCACAUGCAGGAACUACAGCAUUCACCGCUGCCGUUCACUUUGCACAGGAUGUACGCUUUGAAGCUGGCGCGCGAGGUGGGCGUGGGUGCGGCCAUAGAGUACGCGCGCAGCACGUUCCCGCGACACGCGGCGCGGCACGAGCGCGCGCUGCAGGCGGCCGUGUGCGCGCUGGCGUGGUGCGCGCGCCCGCCCGCCNCGGAGGACGAGCUGCCCUUCGAGGUGGACCUCGGUGACGAAGGCGGCGGCUACCACUCGGUGUUCGCUUGCCCGAUCCUCCGCCAGCAGGCUUCCGACCAGAACCCGCCGAUGCGCCUCCUCUGCGGUCACGUCAUAUCGCGAGACGCUCUCAACAAACUCGCUACGGCAGCCAAAUUGAAGUGUCCAUACUGUCCAAUGGAACAAUCACCCGCAGAAGCGAGGCAGAUAUUUUUCUCGUAGUUUUACAAUUUUACGGUUGAUAAAUUUAAACCGUCUCAGUUCUACAAAAUGUUCACGUGAAAAGUAAACGACCUGUGUUUUUUUUUUGAUAGAGUAGAGAAUGUCGUAAUGCCCGCUCGUCUAGAUAAAUUGUAAUUUUACAAUAAUAUUAAAAAUAUUGGUGUAAAAAAAAUAUAUUAGAUGUGUAAUCUUGAGGCUUUGACCGCACGCCUCAAGGUGGGUGUCGACGUUCAUGUUGUCCACGGGCUCCCUCGUGAUCGCGCUACUGUGGAUGCGGCAAUUGAAACUUAGACGUUAGUACUAGACAUGUAAUAUGAUAUACCUCUUAUUGAGAUUUUGUUUAUAAUAAAAUCUCAUGCGCCAACUGAAUCCUGAGCUUUUUGUAAUUGCGAAAGUGUCUUUGGAAAUAAGUUCUAAAUAAUAAAACAGGUGUAUGGUUACAGCAGCUCAGGUCACACUGUAAAAAAAAUGAUGGAUUGCAGUAGCGUUCUUGCAAAUAAAUUUUUAUCCUCGAAAUUAGGCAGCAAAUCAUUGUGACUAUUGUACAAAAGGAAUAAAAA